CCACCACCUACUACACCCAGCUGUACCCGCAGACUGUGCCUCCUGCUGCGGCGCCGGGCACCUGCCUCGACGCCACCCCCCACGGACCGGAGGGCCAAGCUGUGCGAUGCGUGCCUGCUGGCCGGCUGCCGACUUGGGAUGAAAUAACCUCAUCCAUUGGGGUGGAAUGGAUCAGGAGUGUGGAGACCCAACGCCCUAUGCCCAGUGCACCCUGUGACCUUGGGGAAGUCUACGGAGUCAAUUUGCUGUCAUUCAUUCAUUCUUUCAUUCAUUGUUUGGCCCAGAAACCAGUACUGGGCACCUGCUAUUGUCCAAGCACAGAACUGAGCCUGGGGAUACCAUUGGGGCUUUAAAAUAGGGGGAGGUCUCUCAGGUCCAGUUUGGCUGAGACGCCUAAUUUUCCAUCCGGCCAACUCUUUCCCAAUUAUCUGCCCUAGGUCCUCCCCCAGACCCAGUCUUCUGUCCCAGACAGCCAGUAGCAGGUGCAAGGUGGGGGCAGCCCUCUGAGGUUCCUGUUCAGAUUGACUGUUCUUUUCUCAAAGCGGCAGGACCGUUGCCAGGGAGGGCCCAAAGUGUGGUGGCACCAGGCACAGGGUGUGUUUUUUGGGAGUGGAAUUCCUGGAGCCCGUGAGAAUCGAAACAACCAUAGGGUGGGGUGGAGUUGGAAGAGCCCUGGGAGGUGGGGGUGAUAGUUAGGGAGCCUGAUUUCUGGUCCUGAUUGCCGCUAAUUCACUGUGUGUCCUUGGACAAGUCUUGGCCCUGGUCUGGGCGUCAGUUUCCUUGUCUUGAAAAUGUGUGCGUGCACGGAGUAGCUGUGGGACUAACUCAUCUCAAGUCUCUUCCAGGUCCUGGGUUUUGGAAGCAGGAUCCAGGAAGGGGAGAUGGGGAUGUUGUAGGUUGGCUUUGUUGUGAGUGGUGAGUUAAGUUCAAGUACAGGGAGAAGACCACCCCCUCUGCCCUAGAGGCACUGAUCUGACCUGUGUCAAUCAGCAGGCUUGGCCUCCAGCCACCGCUGGCUGCAGGCAGAGAGCCCCACUCCCUGCUACUGGAAUCCUGCUUUGCCAAUGCUCAAGGCUUUAAACUUUCAGAACCCCUUCCUGUACAUUAUUUCCAACCAGGAGGAAGGCGGCAGGAGUGCUAUUCCUAUUUUACAAGUCAAGCAGCCAAGGAUAACCGGGAGUUUUUACUUAUCUUUAGUUCAGCAUUUUACAGUCUAAAAUAGUUUUCUACCCUAUGAAGUAGGUGGUUUUAGUAGCUCCAUGUUGCAGGGGGAAACUGAGGCUCAGAGAGGGGAUGUGACCUGUCCAAGAUCAUAUAGGGAAAUAUAUGACCCACAAGGCAGGUUAUCAUUAGUCUCUUCUCUGCAGCCUUGACUUUCCCCAGUACCACCUGAUUUAGGAGCUGGGUGCCCCCAGGGAGGGCGCUCAGUGGUGGGCCCAGUCUCUCCUCUGGCCAGCUGCUUUCAGGAGACCCGGCAGAGUUUCAGUAACAGCUGUGGUUUUGAACUGCUUCCCUCCCAGAGGAGCUGGGUGCAUCUGUCUGUACCUCCCUCCCGGAGGGGCUCAGUGAUCACAGCAAGAAUGGUUCUUUUACUGAAUGCCUCUCGUGUGCCAGGCACUGCUUGGCACUCUUCACAUUCCUUAUCUUGGUCAAGAUGCCAAGAUGCCCGGGAUGAGGUAUCUUACAGAUGAGGAACCUGAGCGGAGACAUGAAGUCAUUUGUCCAAGUCCUACGCCAAGACGCGAGAGCAUCUCUUUGCAUCAGACCACCCUACAGGCCUCUGGGGCCCAGAGCCCCCUUUCCUGUCAGUCCCCGGCUUCCCUGUGCCCCAAAACCCGGUGGGCAGGCCUUGGCCCCCUGCUUACUCAUUUUAACAGGGUGUGACCUGGAGCAGCUCCAAACCCAACCCUGGGUGUGGCCACUUGUUUUGUGCCCAGGCUGCAAAGUGCAGGGUGAGCAGGAUUUGUUGGGGAACUGCUGUUUAAAGGGACCUUAGGCACUGCCCAGGGACGGUGACCAAGAUCAACGGCAGAAUGAAGGCGGGAACCCAGGUCUCCUCACUCCCUGACUAGAGCUCUUUCCGGCACCUCUGGAGGAGGCGUGGGAUGUUCCUGCCCCAGCCGGGCACAUGGCCUCACUCUGUGUCAUUCCUGCAGGAACCUGUGAAGAGGGCCAAAAGGAAGCUGGACCUGGAGGGGAUCGGGAAGCCUGUGGUCCCUGAAUUCCGGACUCCCAAGCGGAAAUGCAUUAGAGUGGAUGGCCUCCCCAGCCCCAAAACCCCCAAGUCGCCUGGGGAGAAGACUCGCUAUGACACGUCGCUGGGGCUGCUCACCAAGAAAUUCAUUUACCUCCUGAGCGAGUCUGAGGAUGGGGUCCUGGACCUUAACUGGGCUGCUGAGGUGCUGGACGUGCAGAAACGGCGCAUCUACGACAUAACCAAUGUGCUGGAGGGCAUCCAGCUCAUCCGCAAGAAGGCCAAGAACAACAUCCAGUGGGUAGGCAGAGGACUGUUUGAAGACCCCACCCGGCCUGGGAAGCAGCAGCAGCUGGGGCAGGAGCUGAAGGAGCUAAUGAGCAUGGAGCAGGCCUUGGACCAGCUCAUCCAGAGCUGCUCUCUGCACUUCAAGCACCUGACGGAGGACAAGGCCAACAAGAGACUGGCCUACGUGACUUACCAGGACAUCCGUGCUGUGGGCAGCUUUAAGGAGCAGACGGUGAUCGCUGUCAAGGCCCCUCCGCAGACGAGACUGGAAGUGCCUGACAGGAGCGAGGAGAACCUGCAGAUAUAUCUGAAGAGCACGCAGGGGCCCAUCGAAGUCUACCUUUGCCCAGAAGAGGUGCAGGAGCCCAACAGUCCUGCCAAGGAGCCCCUCCCCUCCACCUCCGCCCUCAGUCCCAGCCCUGACCCCACCCAGCCCAGCAGCAGCAUCAACCCUGGAAUCACGGAACCCACGGCAUCCUCAGCACCAGCGCUGACGUCCCAGCAGGUCCUGCCACCACUCUCGCCGUCCCUUGUCCCCCUGGAGGCCACCGACAGCAUGCUGGAGCUGCCACACCCACUCCUGCAGCAGACAGAGGACCAGUUCCUGUCCCCGACACUGCCGUGCAGCUCCCCUCUGAUCAGCUUCUCCCCGCCCUUGGACCAGGACGACUACCUGUGGGGCCUGGACGGCGGGGAGGGCAUCAGUGACCUCUUCGACACCUAUGACCUUGGGGACCUGCUGAUUAACUGAAUGGCCCCUGCCUGCGCCCCGGCAACCCCUCCAGUCUCUACCUCCUCACAGGCAGACUGACAGGCCCUCUGCCUGCACAGGAUGUGACACGAGGUGCUGCCCUCAGGGUAUGGGGGUCCCCCCUUUUCCUUUCCUACCUACCACCUGCCGGCCAGUGCUGUCGGGGGAAUGUGGAGGAUACGGGGAAGGAGCCUGUCAGGGGUUGGGUCCUGUCCUUCUUCAUGGAAACUGGGCCUGGGAAGACCCAGCCAGUCUUCUGACCUCUGAUCUCUCAUGUGAAGGGCCACAGGGGAGGUGACCAGGUCCAAGGAGAGUUCCCGCAAUUGCCUUUAGAGGGGCAGUUAGGACCCUCAGUUUAUCAAGAAGCACUUAAUGCCUUUGUAUUUAUUUCAGGUUGAGUAUUGUUUGUUUGCCUUCCCUGAGUUUUAGCAGGGAGGUUGUUCUAGUUCCUAGGAAGACGUCUCCUCAGACAGGUCCGAGGGCAGGCCGGGGCUUGCAGGGGCCCAGGCCAACUCCCUGACUCGCCCCAGCAGUGGGGGACUGGGCCUCAGGGGCCGUCCAGUCUGCUGGAAUGCCAGUUGCACUUCAGCCUCCUAAUUCUCUCGAGCGGGGGCUGCAGGAUUCCUGGUCUCCUCUGUCCCAGAGCUGGUUCCAGGGAGUCAGCCCAGAAGAGCUCCCGGGGAAACGGGCACGAACAUGGAAGCAGCUGUCCGCUGCUGUGGGCACCUUUCCUCCGUUGUUGCCUCUUGCUGGGACAGGGGCUGUUUUACACUGAGGACCUGGGCGGUAGAGACAGGCCCGCUAAGGACAAGGGUGAGCAGAAAAUAAGAAACUGCCAGGAAGCACCUCUGCUGGGAGCUGCUGGUAUCGUCCUCCCCUGCCCUGGAAGGAUUGUUUUUUGCCGCAUCUGUUGAAGGGGGUGAUUCUUUAAGGACCUCCCCUUCCCCCCAGCUCUCACACAGACCCCCAGGGACAGAAGUGACCACGGCUUGGUGGCAUUACAGGAUGCUGAAGGGGUGACAGGGAAGCGUCUUCGUGGCAGACCAGACAUUGGCAGCUAAUGGGGGGACGGGCUCAUGUUACCUCUUCCGGCUUAGGGUCCUAAGAAGGUCUUUUGGCCUCACCCCAUCCCCCAGAGACUUGACCAUCCCACAUUGUCCCCGUAGCCCAGCUGGGUAUGGGGCAGUCAGCUCUCCUCCCCCGCCCAGCUUGGGGUGGGUGGGGGGCUCUGGGCUGAACCAAGGCUGUAUCUUCCUGAGAGAGGCAGCCAGGGGUGGUGGUCUGAGAGACCCACCACCCACCCUCAGGGAGCUAGGUUUCCUCAGGGGCUCAGUUGGGCAGCACUUUUAUUUUUUUAAGUUUGUAGCAUUAAGUUGGUCUCAAAUAUGAAGUUGGCUCCAUGGGAUUGCUCCUGAGCUGACCUACUGGCUUCCGAAGCUUGGAAGGUGGGCUUCUUUGGGGGUGGGGUCCAAUGUGAGCUAAUGCCCAGCCGGGGACAGUCAGGCCUUGUCAUUGGCUCAACUUCCUGGGUCCCCAAGUUAGUGCCCUCUCAGGAACGGUCACAGAUACCCUGCUCUAUAAACAGGGCUAGUUUUUUAUGUUUUACAGAAGUGACUUUGGUCUCUAUAAACACUCACAGGGGUCUCAGCAGAAGGCAGUUUUGAAGCCCAGCAUGCCUAGGGCCGAGGGACCACCUUGGCCCUUGGGUGGGGGGAAGGGGUGCUGCCUGGGAUGUGGUUUGGGGCGGGUGGGGCUGGAGAUGGCAUGGCUGUUGUGAGGUCUCUGCUGGGCUGCCAUCUAGCCAUGCGCCAUCAUAUCUGAGGACAGAGCUGUCUGACUUCCAUGCCUUGGGCUCUGUCUAGAGCUUUCUCCUAGAAUUAAAUCAUAGAAAAGGGAAAUGAAUUUAAUGGUGAAGUCCAGCCAGAAUUGAAGCUCAUUCCCCAAAGCCCAGCCAAAGGUCUGGACAGAGAGGCUGUCCCUCGGGCCCAUGGCCUAUACCCAGAGCAGCUGGAGACCCCGCCAUCCUGUCCCCUCCACACCUGUCCUGGCCCAGUGGCGGGAUCACCAGGCCAAGCCUCAGGCUUGGUGUAGGAAACGAGCUUGUGCCUCUUUCUUCCCGAUGAUGCCUGAAACCUCCCAAGUUCCGUCAAGUACUUUAAGAAGCAUUUUGAGUGGAAUUCCCUUCAGGGCCCAGGUAAACUUUAAAACCAGGAUAGAAGAAAAGCCAGUUUCUUUCUGAGGUAAACUAUUCCUGCCAGGAAAUUUCCCAGCCGCUCUGGCAGCCCCCACUCCACCCCCCUGUCACUCGUGUCCCCAGGGGCAUCAAAGGCUCAGGGACUCCCAGGAACCCAGUAGCAUUAAAUUGUGCAGUAGACGGGCUUCCCUGGUGGCGCAGUGGUUGAGAGUCCGCCUGCCGAUGCAGGGGACAUGGGUUCGUGGCCUGGUCCAGGAAGAUCCCACAUGCCACGGAGCGGCUAGGCCCGUGAGCCAUGGCCGCUGAGCCUGCGCAUCUGGAGCCUGUGCUCCACAACGGGAGAGGCCACAACAGUGAGAGGCCCACGUACUGCAAAAAAAAAAAGAAAAAAUUGUGCAGUAGAGUUGGAGAUUCAGAGAGAUUUCUUAAAACCAGAGUAGCAUCUCUCCUCCACAGCCACGCUAUGGUCUGAGCAGUGCGGCUACAGGGAAGAAGAGGGGGAGGGCAGAGGGUGUUAAAACUGGCUGGAGCGUGGUUUUGACUUUAUUUCCUCUUUCCAGGUGUUCAGCCUCAGUUCUGCGCCGUGUUUAGUUUUUAGUGAAAGAGUUUGGGUGCUCCUGCGUCCAAGCAUUGCGUGGCUUAAAGCAUGUGAAGUGAAAGGCUUUUGGGGUUGUUUGCAAGCAGCUUUCUGGUUCUCAUCACUGUGUCCUGAGGUCCCCACCUCAUCCUAGGACCCUAGCCUACCAUGGGGACCCUCGGUGAGCAGAAGCCCAGCCAGCCUGCUAGCUCCUGGGUAAGUGCUGAAGCCUUGCGUGUGGCACAUGUGUCUAGAGGGUCCCUGGUUUCUGUGCUGGGAUUCCAUGCGGGUCACUCACCUCUGGCCGGGUUUCUGGUUUUGCCGUGUGUCCUGCCUUGACGAGCACCGUGUAAGCCUCCACGUGUUGUGAUGAUUGGGCAUUAAAUGACAAACUUGGG